AGCUCCCAAACUUGCGCAGUUGCGCACGUGCACCCAUCUCCUCUUUUCAUCCAACCCCCUCUUUUUUUCCCCCUUUCUCUGCGUUGGUUCGUCGGAGAAGACAGAAAUCGCUGUCGUGCGUUUUCUUGUCGCUUUCGUUGCUUCUCAUUGUUCUAUUUUUCAUUUUCUCUUUCUGUUGUUUCUUUGAGAUAUUUUCAAAGGACGCGUGAGGCGGUCGUAUUCUUCUUCGCCUUGCAUCCCCAAAUAAGUGGAUUGGAGAAACAAACAAAAAAAAGUCUCAAACAGUGAGGCAUCGACGGCAGCGCGGUCGACGUCGUCAUGCAAAGCAACGGAAAUUACAUGCAGAUGCAGGCCGGUGGCCUGCACCCGCAGCAGAUGGAGUGGCUAAUGCAGCAGCAGCGGAUGCAGGGUGGCAGCCCGCAGGCCGUCUCGGCCUCCCGUGCCUACCACCUGGAGCCGAUGAACGUGCCACAGCAGCAGCAGCAGCAACAGGGACAGUUGUCGCCGCACUCGAGCAAUGCAAUGAUGAACAACGGCGUCGGAGGGGCCCAUCAAUACGGACCGAUGGGGAUGCUACCACCGCAGCAGCAGAUGGGCAUGGGUGGCUACGGCGGACCGAACAUGAUGAUGAUGGCCCCACAGGGCGGCAACGGUGCUGCGUACGCUGGCGCCAACUUCGGCGGCACGCCCUCACCUCUCCACAACAAUAACGGCGGCGAGGCCGGUGCGGGCGAGUGGAAUCAGGUGAACUUCCAAAACGUUUUCAGCAACGCCGCAGACCCGCAGACGCAGCAGAACGUCUUUAAGCUGGAUGAUGGCAAGCCGCUGCCCUUCCCACCGGGCCAUCUCCUCGCCCAGUACCCGCCCGACUACCAGCAGCAGAUGGUCUUUUACUAUCGUCUGCUGCGGCUGCAGUACCCGGAGUUGUACCAGCAGUACGUCGACUACUACAACACCUUUUACGAGCCCCUCUACAACCCGCCCGCGCCGACGCCGGAGGUAAAGGAGCGUCGUGCGCCGCCGCCAAAGAAAAAGAACGGGCCCCCGCCACCGCAGCAGCAGCAGCGGCCGACGCCCCCGCCGCAGACGGCACCGCCGCCGCAGCCUAUGCAGCCGCUGCCGCCGCCGGUGCAGGGGUCUCCGCAGAAGAAGCAGGAGGGUUUGCAGCGGUCCAACUCUAACGUGAGCAGCGGCCUCACCCGGCAGAGCUCGCUGCGGCGUCAGAAUUCGAUGCGGCGUGCGGAGGUGAAUCAUCUGAAGAACGAAGGUGGGCUGAAGCGACUGCCCAGUAUGCACCAGUCGUAA